AGGUGAAAUAAAAAGUUCUGAGCGUUUUCCGCUAGAUGUCUUUAGUAAGCCAUAUCUCACGAUGUAUACAUCGCAUCGGAUCAUACUAUACGUCGAUUUAAAAGUGACAUUACGCUUCAAAAAAAGUUCUGUUACAGUUUUGUGUUUGGUCAAGGCAGUUGUGUGUUACAGCGUUCCAAAAUGGAGGUAAAAAAAGAGAAAAUUCGAUACAUUCUUCAGUACCACUACGACCAAGGUGAAAAGGCGGAGCAGGCAGCCAAAAAUAUUUGUGCUGUUUAUGGACCCAAUACAGUAUCGAAUACAACAGCAAAGCGGUGGUUCCAACGAUUCCGUUCUGGUAAUAUGGACGUCAAAGAUGAGGCACGCUCUGGUAGGCCAAUCGUCGAAAAUGUCGAUAAAAUCAUGAAAAUCGUCGAGUCGGACCGGCAUGUGAGCACUUAUUCCAUUGCCCAGGAACUGAAGAUUAGCCAGAAAACCGUUUGGAACCAUUUGCAUAAGGCUGGUCUUAAGAAGAAGCUCGAUGUAUGGGUGCCACACGAAUUGACGCAAAAAAACCUUUUGGACCGAAUUGACGCCUGCGAUUCUUUGCUGAAACGUAACGAAAUCGAACCAUUUUUGAAGCGGAUGGUAACUGAUAAUGAAAAAUGGGUCACAUACGAGAACAACAGCCGAAAAAGAUCGUGGUCCAAUCGCGGUGAGCCGGCCCAAACGAUCGCGAAGCCCGGAUUAACGGCCAAGAAGGUUUUGCUGUGUGUUUGGUGGGAUUGGAAAGGAAUCAUCCACUAUGAGCUGCUCCCAUCGGGCCAAACACUCAAUUCGGACCUCUAUUGUCAACAACUGACCAGAUUGAAGCAGGCGAUCGAUCAGAAGCGGCCGGAAUUGGCCAAUAGGAAAAGUGUUGUGUUCCAUCAAGACAACGCCAGGCCGCACACAUCAUUAACGACGCGCCAGAAGCUCCGAGAGCUUGGAUGGGAGGUUCUAUUGCACCCACCGUAUAAUCCAGACUUGACAUCCCAUAUAUCCCCUGACAUAAAUGAAAAUCAAGAGGAAAAAUAUUAUAGUUUAACCUUAGAAGAGAAACGUGAAAAAAAUCCUCAAGGCGUUAGAGAAAAUUUUAAUAUCAGUAAUCAAAAAUUAAAACAUCAAAAACAAGACCCAAUACCCUUUUUGAGUAAUAUCGCCAAUAAGCUUAGCGAAACUCAGGAGGGAGCAUUCAAAGCCUGCUGUGAAAAUAUUAAAACUCAGAAAAUUAAGGAACAAAGUAUAAACAUUUCAGUCAAACAACCAAUCCUCAUUAGAACCUCAGGUGUAAAACCGGUAUUUGAUCUCCAAAACUCCCCUGAUCUCGAGGUUCCAGAUCGUCCGGUAGCAAUAAUUGACACUAGUACAUCUAAGACUGAUAUGCAUUCUAUCGACGGAUUUGACGAACGCAUUAAUAUUAUAAAUUAUAACGAAAAUUCUGAUAAUCCAAUUUUGAAUACAAAUAUUCUUUGCGUGAAACCAACUGACACUUAUGACGAUGACCGGCUAAACGACCUACUAAAAUUAAUUAAUUUGGACCAUUUAAAUUCGGAAGAAGCAACCAGUAUAUUAGAUUUGAUAAAGGCUCAUCAAGAAUGCUUCCAAUUGCCUAAAGAAAAAUUGACUGCAACGCACGUACUACAACAUCGUAUACCGACUACAGACGACUAUCCGAUAAAUACUAAACAGUACAGAUUGCCACAAGUUCACAAAUUUGAAAUAAAUAAACAAGUGCAAGAACUUCUAGACGGCGAUAUUAUCCGACAUUCUCAAUCAUCGUAUAAUACUCCCAUCUGGAUAUCGCCUAAAAGGGUUGAUGCACACGACACAUCGUCAGAAGAUUGCAAAAUAAUUAAUCCAAAGACCAAACUAAACCCAAAUAACCCACAAGAUGCUGAGCUUAUCCGACGAUUAUUGGAAGAAGAUCACGACUUCGAAGAAUUGGAUGAGGAAAACAUUUUUAAUUCACAAUUGCUAGGAAACCACGACACGGAGGAGUCAAAUGGAGAAGACAUACCUGAAAUGUAUCUGCCGGAAGACCACGCAAUAACUGAAAUCUUUCCUGCAGAUACCAUACCCUUUACCCCAGAAGAAUUAGCGGAACCCAGUACGACGGAGACAGUCAACGUAGUAGUACAUGCAACCGAAUCGGCCGAGCAAAAAGUGGAGGAACCGGUUGGCGAGGAACAAAAUUGUCUAGAUAAACCAGGCGAAAUUCUUCACCAUAUGCUGACCGCAAUCCUUUAUAUACCGGUGCAAGGAAAUUAUUUGAGCCAGGAUAUGCCGAAACUAACGAAUUUAUCGGUAGGAAUGGCAAGAUUAAUCAAAAGGAAAAAGGGAUACCAUAUAAUACUACCUAUCAGUGAGGAUCAAAGCGAAGGACCAACGAUGGUAUUGAAGAACAUAAAAGACGCGAUAAAGAACACAAGGGAAUUAGCGGAAAACCUGAAACUCGCCAGCAUAAGCAUCGCCAAGAACGAACACAUUUUAAAUGUCCCAUGGAACGAUAUUAAGACCGGAUUUCAAACGGAGUUCCUAAAUUCGGACUAUCAUUUGCAAUGGAUUAACCAAAUGCCCACCAAAGAAUGUACGGACAGCAAUAUUACAGGAAAUGCAUUGUACUCCUGUCGGAGGACAUCGUGGAGUAACCAAGACAUACAACAGAAUCCGUCAGAAUUAUUAUUGAGAAAAUCUGAAAACAGACGUCCAACAAUCCAUCUUACACUGCCUCCAAUGUCAAUUGAAGAAAUAACCAUACCACUGCUUAACCAGACGACAGCUACGAUAGAUGAUAAAUUCGUGAAGAGAUUCAUCACUAUCUUCGGACCUCUUAAAGCAGUGUUUACUGAUCAAGGAAGAAAUUUCAUUCAGAUGAAAGCUAACGACAAUUUAAUAUACGCUAAGACAAAAUCCAAAAUUCGCUACGAUAAAAAUAUUAACCAUCAAACAUUCAAACCAGGAGAUUGUAUAUUUUUAUUAAGGGGACCCAAACCCGGAAAAUUUGGAGAUCAACACACUGAACCACACGAGGUGCUAGAGAUCAAUGGUCUUCAGAGCGAUGAAAUUCAUCCUCAUGUUACUCCUACUCCUACUCCUACUACAAGAGCACUGAAAACUGACCAAUCACCUUGGCAGGGAAGAUCAGAGAUGAUAGAACCUGUUCAGGAGGAGCCUAUAACUACAUCUACGGAAGCUGGUCCGAUGUGGUAG